UGUCAGUGUUUGUUCUCUAAAAAGAAGAGUUGUGUUGCUUAACCAGACUUUAUUACUUGGAAAUAUUAAUGAAAUUAGUUCAAGAAUUAUAAGAGCUAUGUCAUCCAAAACAAACAAUUCUCUUAGAGGGUUUAGGAAGGCUAAUUCAGAGUCAAAAAAACAAAGUAACAUCCUGCGCUUUGUGAGGAGGGAUCCAGAAACUGAUGGUGCUGGUGGCAGCACUAGUCCAGUGCUGGGUGCUGCUGUCAGGCAAAGUGGACCUACAUCCAGAAUGCUCUUCAUUGACUCCCCGGUUAGGAAGGAACUUCAAGGCACUGCGGGGUCUCAGAAUCCAGACUCUCUGAUGAAGACGAUCCCUAAAGUGAGCACCAUAGUGGUCCGUAAGCCCUCCACUGUCAUCACAUUCAAAACAAAUGUCGCCUCUACCACAGCACAGGCUUUCUCAGCCUUCAAUGCCAGCAAGUUAUACUCGACCAAAAGCCCAACCUCGUCCCCUCAAAGUCAAUCCUCGGCACUCUUUUCCUCUCCAUCUUCAACCAAUGGUGUUUAUGAUGGCAAAGAAGACACCGCAGAGGCAGAAAAUGGUGAUGCCUGUGAGAACGACAGUCCCAUUGUCAGGAUAAAGGUUCGCAACAACCGAAUAGUUGACUCAGAUGAUGAAGACGAUGCAGAGCUCCAGCGACCUGCCAAGAAGUUCAAAGCGUCGCCUGCCACUGAAGAUAAAGCUGAUAAACUUCUGUGCCGCAGCUAUGAUUCCCAGCCCCCUGACAACAUCGUAGAGACCUUCCUCGAGGCGCUUGCAGACAUGUUCCCUCGCUAUGACAAGAUGGAGCUCCAGGACGUGCUGAUUCGGUUCCGCUACAACUUCAAGGAGGCGUCGGCACACCUGGAGGAGGAAGAGCAGCAGAGCAAGGAGGUUAAGAGGAGGCUUGCUGUCGCCGAGCGCCUCCAGAAACUCAAGCUACAGGUAAAUAAGGAAGAAGAGCUGAGCCAGAAGGAUGCGGAGCGACUGAGUGAAGUGCUGCGGGAGAAGCAAAGUCUCAGCACUGCUUCGCCCGACGAUGCUACGCAGCUGCUACUGCUGCAGAAAGAGGAGCAACUGCUGCAGGAGCGUCUGCAGAGGAGGCGAGAUGAGCGCUACAAGCUGCUCUGUCAGCUGCAACAAACUGAUGAGCUCAACGAGAAGUUAUUACGCGAGGAUAGUUUCUCUUUUUCUGAAGAUGUCUCUCAAAGUUCUAAUGGGAAUCCUGUAUUAAAUGCGACGGUGAAUGGAAACGCCGAUGUUCACACAGACGCUCUACUGCAGCAGCUUGAGAAGCUGAGCAGCGAGGAGGAACAGAAGCGCCGAGAAGAGCUCAGGAUGAAGCAAGAGGCUCGCCAAAGACUUGUCAUGAAGAGCCAAAUACAAGCUCAGGUGAAGCGUGAAGAAGAGGAAGAAAUUCAGAGAAGGCAGCUUGUCGAGAUCGAAGAAAAGCAAAGGUUAGCGAGAAUUAAAGAAGAGGAAGAAAGAAGAAGAGCCAUCCAAAUGAACGAUCCGAAGAUGAUAGCAAAAAGACGCAUGCAGGACAAGAAGAAAAUGUUCAAAAUAUUGGGUGCCUCGUCUCGGUUUAGCCAAGUUGAUUACGGGGAAGAAGAUGAAGAAGAUUUGUACAUCGGCAAAAGCAAUGUGUAUUUCAGCGACGACUCUGAGUGUGAAGACGAGGGUGGUGGCGUGGUGACGACCGAGGUGCUCAGUAUGAGGGACUCUGUAUUGAGCUUCCUAAACACUGCGUCUGAGGAGGAAAUCUGCGCCAUCCCCACCUGCAGCAAGAAGAAGGGAGAGCUCAUUGCCUCGUUACGUCCCUUCAAGAACUGGGAGCAUCUGGUCGAAGUGUUCAAGAGGGAGAAAUAUAUAUCUCCUGACAUGCUGAACAGCGUCAAGAAUGCCUUACAAAAGCGCAAUACUGUCGUGCAGCUUAUGAAGCGCUGUGAGCUCAUUUCUUCUCAGAUACACGAGACUGUUGCCUCACUUCUGAGCGGCGAGGAAACAGACUCUGCUAUAAGCCAGCAACCAAAGCUACUUAACCCUAAUAUGACACUUAAAGGCUACCAAAUGAUUGGUCUCAACUGGCUAUCCUUGAUGCUCCAGCAUGAACUUAACGGCGUCUUGGCAGAUGAAAUGGGUCUAGGAAAAACGGUACAAGCAAUUGCCUUCCUGGCGCAUGUGAAGGAGACCAUCAAUCCUCAGGACCUCAGUCUUAUUGUGGUCCCGUCCUCGACGCUGGAUAACUGGGCCCGUGAACUGGAACUAUGGUGCCCCAGUCUAGGAGUGCUAGUGUACCAUGGAUCUCAAGAGGAACGUAGAGGCAUGAGGGCACAAAUUCUGCAAGAUCAGCUUGACGAAAAUACGCACAUCAUCCUGACCACAUACAACACCAUGUACAGUUCCACAGAGGACCGAGCUCUCUUCAAGAGACUUCGCGUGCAUACUGUCAUAUUCGACGAAGCCCACAUGCUUAAGAAUAUGAACACGUCGCGCUUUGAGAAUCUCAUGCGAGUAUCUGCCGAGUGUCGCGUCUUGUUGACGGGCACGCCCCUGCAGAACAAUCUUGUUGAGCUCAUGUCCAUCUUGGUGUUUGUGAUGCCUCAGCUCUUUGAAGGACGCAAGGAAGAACUCAAGCAAGUCUUCUCCAUGUUCCCGAAGGGGUCGGAUGACCGCAACAAGAGUCAGUACGAGGCUAAGCGCAUAGAGCAAGCCAAGCGCAUCAUGAAGCCUUUCUUCCUGCGACGCCUCAAAACUGAUGUCCUCAAGGACCUGCCAGAAAAGCACGACGUGCUGGUGACGGUGGACAUGCACCCAGAGCAGCGUAAGCUUUACACCAGCAUGAAGCUGAAAUGGGAGAAAGUUCAAGCUGAGAAGCUGACAGAGCUGGAGGAGCUGCAGCUCGGACAAGGCAGUCUUGGUGUCUCAGGGACCAGCCAAAACAACAACAAGAACAAGCGUGACGAUAACGAGGACAAGGAGGCCACGCCUGAGGACAGUAGUGCUAACAUGUUGAUGACGCUACGGCGGGUCGCCAACCACCCCCUCCUCUACAGGAAGCUGUACACAGAUGACAAGCUGCGCAAGAUAGCAAAGGUGCUGAAGCGCACGUCUCACCCCAACAGCGUGCUGGAGUACAUCGUCGAGGACCUGACGGUCAUGUCAGACUUUGAGAUCCACAAGACCUGCUGUUCCUACCCUGCGACUGAGGAGUUCAAGUUGGAUGACAGCCACAUUCUGGCGUCAGGGAAGUUCCAAAAAUUUGACGAGUUGUUGCCUGAGAUGAAGGCUCGAGGUGACCGGGUGCUGGUCUUCUCGCAGUUCGUGAUCGUGCUCGACAUCGUCGAGGAAUACAUGCGCCUGCGCGACCACAAGUUCCUCAGGCUCGACGGCCAGACGCCCAUAUACGAGAGACAGGAGAUGAUCGACGAGUUCAACGAGAACCCGUCGAUCUUCGUGUUUCUGCUGUCGACGAAGGCGGGAGGUUUGGGCAUCAACCUGACGUCGGCGAACUGCGUUCUGCUGCACGACAUCGACUUCAACCCUUACAACGACAAGCAGGCCGAGGACCGCUGCCAUAGGGUGGGCCAGACCAGGCCCGUGACAGUGACGCGGUUGGUGACUCGGGACAGCAUCGAGGAAGGCAUCCUGAGCAUCGCGCGGAGUAAACUCGACCUCGAGAGAGAAGUCACCGGCACCAAAGACGAGCAGCACAGGAAGACAGACGUGCUGUCCCUCCUGAAGGCGGCCCUCGGCAUCACCAAGAACGACUAGCUGCUUACCCUUCGUAUUCGUAGGAUACUAAGAAUGCACUCACCGGCCACUCUCACCUCGCCUUGACUGUCCUGUCAGUUCAUGUGUAUCAUUAUUGGGUGUUCGGGUAUCCUCUGAGGUGCAGGUAUCCUCUGAGGUGUUAGUAUCCUCCGAGGUGUUGGGUAUCCUCUGAGUGUCGGGUAUCCUCCGAGGUAUUAAA